AUGGCCCUAUCACGGAGAAGCGGGAACCCCCCCCGCCGCUCCGAGCCGAGGUGGGAGCCGGGACGCUGCGGAGACGUCAAAGUCUCGGGCCUGUCCGACCGGCGGGGCGGGGAGGUGGCCGGGGGCGACGGGGAGACGAGCGGCGGGCGCUUCGACUUUGACGAUGGCGGGGCCUACUGCGGCGGCUGGGAGGCCGGGAAGGCCCACGGCCACGGCCUGUGCACCGGCCCCAAGGGCCAGGGCGAGUACUCGGGCUCCUGGAACUUCGGCUUCGAGGUGGUGGGCAUCUACACGUGGCCCAGCGGCAACACCUACGAGGGCUACUGGUGCCAGGGGAAGCGGCACGGGCUUGGCGUAGAGACCAAGGGCCACUGGCUGUACAAGGGGGAGUGGACGCACGGCUUCAAGGGGCGCUACGGGAUCCGGCAGAGCUCCAACAGCGGGGCCAAGUACGAGGGCACCUGGAACAACGGGCUCCAGGAUGGCUACGGCACCGAGACCUACGCCGAUGGAGGAACCUACCAGGGCCAGUUCACCAACGGUAUGCGCCACGGCUAUGGCAUCCGCCAGAGCGUCCCCUACGGCAUGGCCGUCGUGGUCCGCUCCCCGCUCCGCACCUCCCUCUCCUCCCUGCGCAGCGAGCACAGCAAUGGGACCCUGCCCCAACAGGACCACCCCCCGUCGCACCCCGCCGCCGACGGUGGACCCCCAGCCCCGGCCCCGACCAUCCCCCGGGGCGGCUUCGCCCUGAGUCUGCUGGCCAACGUGGAGGCCGCAGGCCAGCUCCAGAAAGGCGGCGUGGGCAGCCUGUUCCGGCGUGGCUCCCUGCUGGGUAAACUGAGGCGCUCCGACUCCCGGAGCUCCCUGGGGAGCCAGAGGAGCCGGGUCAGCUUCCUCAGGAGCGACCUGAGCUCGGCGGCCAGCGACGCGGCCUCCACGGCCAGCCUCGGCGAGGGGGCCGAGGGCGAGGAGCCGGCCCCCUUCGAGUCGGACAUCGACGCCACCACGACCGAGACCUACAUGGGCGAGUGGAAGAACGACAAGAGGUCCGGCUUCGGGGUCAGCGAGCGGUCCAGCGGGCUGAGGUACGAGGGCGAGUGGCUGGACAACCUGCGGCACGGCUACGGCUGCACCACGCUGCCCGACGGCCGCAAGGAGGAGGGCAAGUACCGCCAGAACGUGCUGGUCAAGGGCAUGAAGAAGAGGGUCAUCCCCCUCAAGAGCUCCAAGAUCCGCCAGAAGGUGGACCGCGGCAUCGAGGGGGCCCAGAGGGCCGCCGCCAUCGCCCGCCAGAAGUCGGAGAUCGCCGCCUCCAGGACCGCCCAUGCCAAAGCCAAGGCCGGUGGGGCCGAGCAGGCCGCCCAGGCUGCGGGCACCGAGUCCAACAUCGCCCGGACCUUGGCCAGGGAGCUAUCGCCGGACUUCUACCAGCCAGGCCCUGAGUACCAGAAGCGGCGGCUGCUCCAGGAGAUGAUGGAGGAUGCGGAAAGCGAGCAGGACCACGCUGAGGGGGGCGCCCAGGGUCCCGCCCUCCCACAGCCGCCGCCUCCGGAGAGCCCUCAGCUGCACGAGCGGGAACCCCCGCCGCCCAGAGGGGCCCUGCCGGCCCACACCCCCGUGGGGACGCCCCCUGAGUCUAAACGCCCCAAGCCCGGGGCCACCCGGGGCCAAGGCCUGCUGAGCCCCGGGGACUGGAAUGGCGAGCAGAGCCGGGAGGGCAGCCGGCCCGUCACCCCCACCCCAGGCCCGGCCUCCGGCCUGGCUCCCGGCCGCGUGCCCACCGAGCAGAUGGAGAUCCAGCCCCUGCGGGCCUCUCCCGCGCCCACCCCAGAGCCCGAGGUGGCCCGCUACCAGGGCUAUCACAGCUACGCUGUGCGCAACACGCCUGUCCCACCGCCUCAGGAAGAGGAGGACGAAGACCUCCCCUCAGGCCCUUCCUCGCCCUACUCUCCGUCCUCCCCAUCCCCCGCUUUCUUCCCUCCCUCCCCGUCCUCUCCAUCCUCUUCCUCCUCCUCUCCGUUCUCCCCGCUGCCCACGGCCCCGGCCAGGCCCCUGCCCAGCAUGCCCAGAGAGGAGCCGUCGUCCGGGAGGGCCACCGCCAAGGCCAAGGCCGAGCCCAGAGCCCCGGCCAAGGCCGAGCCCAAGCAGCAGCCUCCCUCCAGUGAGGCCAAGGCCGCACGAAAGACUGAGGCUCGGGGGUCAGCCAAGGCGGUGGCCAAAAGGAAGAUCCGGCGAGGGGCGGCGGCGGCCACGGCAGAGGCAGAAUUAGAGGAGGGACCCAACACUGUCAUGAUCUGCAUGGUGAUCCUGUUGAACAUCGGCCUGGCCAUCCUUUUUGUGCAUUUCCUGACCUGACGUGUCUCCCAGGAGUUCCCACGGACAGACGGAUGCAGAUGGCAGACCCCUUGGCAAUGACUGGAUGCAGCUGCGUGGGGGCGAGGCUUCGGACAGGGGCUAAGGACGGGCCCCCCCAUCCUCCCCUCCCACCC